AUGGCUAUCAUAACAACCUUCACCGGCAAACGCCCUCACCGGUGGCUUAACCCCAACCGUUCGUCUCCGAGUUCUUCCGAAUUCAAAAGACAGAAAGUAUCAACCAUGUCCCACAAAAAACCACCACCAUUACCCACCGCCACAACCAAUGCCACUGUUUCCAGAAUUUCUCGUUACCCUGAAACUAAGCCACCUCUGCAUAGAGAAGUUCACGCGCCGUGUAGUAGACCGCGCAAAUUCGAUUUAUCUAUCAAUUCCAAACCAGAAUCGUCAAAGUUGCUGGUUAGUGGUAUCAACCACUCGUUAUUUGAAAAUUACCAGCGUGAGAAAUGUUCUGCAAUGGCCACCAUCCCGUUAGAGCCAAAGGGAAAAGAAAAGGAUAAUCAUAAAGAGGUUGUUUCGGAAGAUUCAAAUGUUGAAGAUGUACUGCCUGUGGAGAAUUAUUUGGUUUGUUUGGAUACUGAGGUUGAGGCAGUGAAUGGAAGCGUUCAGAAACAGUCAACUUCAUCUGUGGUUUCUGAGUUGAGUAAUGAUAAAUUGAAAGUGGUUGAUGAUGCUGCAAAGAUUUUGGAUACUUUGUCUUUGGAUCCGGAGAAGGAUGUUUCGAGUGUUGGUGCUUACAAGAAGUUGCUCCAGGCUGUUGAUAAGAGAACAGAUACAAUUGGUAGGUUGAAAUUUGAAAUUCAGCUUAAUGAGAAGCGCAGGUCGGCGUCGCGUCCAAAGAAAGAUCUAGUGGAGGAAGUGCCGCCGGAACCUUUUGUUCCUCUUACAAAAGAGGAACAAGUUGAGGUUGCACGAGCAUUUUCUGCUAACAGGAAGAAGAUAUUGGUUGCUCAUGAGAAUUCCAAUAUUGAAAUAUCGGGUGAAAAGUUUCAGUGUCUGAGGCCAAGUGGAUGGUUAAACGAUGAGGUGAUAAAUUUGUACCUUGAGUUACUGAAAGAGAGGGAGAGAAGAGAGCCACAAAAGUUUCUGAACUGUCAUUUUUUCAAUACCUUUUUCUAUAAGAAGUUAAUAAGUGGCAAGAAUUGUUAUGAUUACAAAUCUGUGAAGAGAUGGACUACUCAGAAGAAAUUGGGAUAUGGUCUACAUGAAUGUGAUAAAAUAUUUGUACCUAUUCACCAGAAUAUCCAUUGGUGCCUAGGUGUUAUCAAUAAUAAGGAAAAGAAGUUUCAGUAUCUUGAUUCACUGAAAGGAAUUGAUACCCAAGUGCUGGAAGUGCUGGCAAGAUAUUUUGUAGAUGAAGUAAAGGACAAGACUGGAGAAGAUAUUGACAUAAGUUAUUGGGAAAAAGAAUUUGUUGAAGAGCUUCCUGAACAGAAGAACGGGUCUGAUUGCGGGGUAUAUAUGGUCAAAUAUGCUGAUUUUUAUAGCAGAAACUUGAGGCUGUGUUUCAAUCAGGAACAUAUGCCUUAUUUCAGGCUUAAAACAGCUAAGGAAAUUUUGAAAUUGAAAGCUGAAUAA